AUGAAACUGCUCUGUGGAGAGGACUUCCUGUUUGGUGGUGUGAAACUGAAGAGACGCCGCAUGAACUGGUGUCAGAAAACUGUGACAGCGGAGACUGAAGGACAGCUUCUGGACAUGGGUGAGAAUAAUAACUUUAACUUUUGAAUUCUGAUUCAAAAACACGUUUCUUUCUGCGCUGCAGGUUUAAGACAGUGAAGCAAUAAUUUGAUGAAAUCUGACUGUUAUUAGCACUUUGAAUAAUCCAACAUAUUACACCAAACUCUGCUCAGGUGCAAAAAAAGGAAAACUGAAAAAAAUGUACUGAAAAAUAAAACGUUAAUUUUAAUUAUUUGAUCACAACAACUCAGUAAAUAAUCAUAAAUUCCAGGAAAACAAUCUUUUGUACUGUGAUGUACAAAAACAAUACAGUUGAACGUUUGAAGAAACUGGCCAAUAAAAUUCCGACUUUAGCUCGAGGUCCCUGGUUGAUGUGACGGAAUAGCGCGUCUUUAGCUGGUGAAAUGCAGAAGUUUCUAAAAGCAGAAUCAAAGGUUCAAGCCACAGCUCAGGAAACGAGUGAUCUGUAAAAGAGAAGCUCGUUGGUUUCUCACACAAAUAAUGUCACUGUGGGCGCUUUACUGAAGACAGGUCUUCUGCUGACAGUCUGAACAAAAUUUCAUCCUCAGAGUCACAUUUCUUACCCAGAACUCCUGCCUUUGUUUUCGUGGUCGACUCUUUUGCUUCAUGUUUCUAAAUUUGUCACCCAAUACUGAGAAAUGUGUCAGAAACAGUAAAAAAUAUGUUCAGUAAAAUGAACAUUAAAAAUAUUACCCACAGUUUGUUUUACUCUGUCCCACCUCUAAAAGGAAAAAUAAUUUCCAAGUUUACGAGUCUUUGCUGCAGAACGUCAGACUCCUGUAGUUCAUGUGUUACGAUAUCUCGCUCUGCAGCAUACAGGCGGUUUAUUCUUGAGGAGGAAGUGGUUUAGCAGCCUGUGGUUUUAUAUCAGACUCCGUUGACAAUAUGUCCCUCAGAUUUAGUCUUGUUACCCUGUUUGCGUGUGUGUGUCCUCUUGAUCGAUUAUCUGACAUUUCAUGUAUUACCCAGAUCAGCUGUUGUAUUUAUUCACAGACGAGGUCUUGAUCAGAAGAGUUUUCCCGUGUUUCUCUGAAUGGGGAAGCGCUCUGUUGUUUGGCUGUAGUUCUCAGAAUUCAUCUUCACUCUGCUUUAGUUGUAACUUGUUAAACCUGCUGAAUUUGCAGCUCCAGAGGACCAGAGUGAGAUUUCCGAGCAAACAGCAGUCAGUGAUGAAGAGCGGAGGACAGAAAAGCAGGUAUUCCCCUCAGCUCUAACUGCAGAAAUAUCCCUUUGAGUCUUUGCAGUUUCCAUCAGUUUAUUUAUGACUUCAGACAUGACUCCUCCGGCUGCUCUGAGCUGCAUUUUCAUUUCCCUUUUUUUGUGAAUUUGAGACUGCUGAAUUUUUUGAAGUGCUGAUUGUGUUGUACAGUUGUUUCAUCUUGAUGACGGAUGUUGAAAUGAGUAACACAGAAAAACUGAUUCUGCUUCGUAUUCCCGGAGGUCAGUGCAAUACACGCACAUCUGAAUACUUUGAACACGCCACAAUAUUUCAUUACCCAAACAGAAAGUACAGGAGGCCUUCACAGACUCUGUUCUGGUAACUAGAAUAAGAGGCACAAUAUGAGAAACUCAGAUUAGCUCAUCAAAUUUCCAGCUGAAAGCAGAGCGGUUUCUGUGGUGAGUCCUGACCUGACGAUUGCAUCAAUCCAACACGACACUCAGAUUCAUUGUGAGAGUCACAAUUCAACACUUUGACAUCAGCAUCACCCACACAGGUUUCCAAAAAAUUUCACCUAGUGGAAAUCAGCUAAACGUUUCACAGUAAUAUUCAGUCCCUGCUGUUGAAUGAGAUCAACAAAAACAACCUUAACCCCAACAGUGUGAGGCGGAGAGAGCAGACGUUUCCUGUUGCUAACCACCGAUGCAAUGACCUGAAAGUUUAUGAAUCACAUCAGAAAAUUGAACAAUCCUUCAUAAAUAUCAGGGAAUUUUAUACAAAACUAUAAGUUCUCCUUCAUUUGCCAUCUUCUCAUUAUUUCAUGCUUUAAUUGUGAGCAAGUAUAAAGUCUGAGGUUGGAUUCAAACGGCUAAAAACAUCAUUUUUGACAUCCCCUUUUUAAAAUCCAAACAUAGAAGGUCCAGAACACAAGUGGAAAGUCUGUGGCUGUUUUAUCUGGGAACAUUUGAUCAGUGUGGAGCUGCUAUACCGUGACUCAGUCGGGGUUAUCUCGGUUAGAGGUCUGCACCUUCACUAUUACUCACUCUGGAGGCCAACUUCUCGGAACCCGGAACCACAUAGAGGAACUCGAUUCAAUAUGAAACCACCCUGAGCCGUUAUGUUGUACAAUGACUGCCUGUCUGUGCGUGCUGAUUCAAACUCUGAAAUAUUGAAAUUCUUUGCUGUGGUCCUCAUGAAGCUCUCAAAGUUGAUGGAAACAGCAAAGAUGAGAAAUUUCACGUAGAAUUUUUGCUCUGAGGUUCAGUCAUCUCUGAUUUCACUGCGAUAUCAGGAGUUCAGAUAUCAUCAUGUUCACCUGGCAGGAAAAAAUAUCUGUUACCAUGGAGACAUGCAAAUAUCGAGGAUGAGAGUUUUAUUUAAAGGUAUUAUAAAAUAUCCAAAGUCAUAAUACAUCGAUUUUCGUCCCCAUUGACUUAUUGAAGGUGUUUAUAAAUUGAUGGAUGUUGCAUUGACUUGUCCUUCUGGUGGUUUAAUCCCUCACGUCUUUACGUUUCAUUUCUCUUUUUCUCAAACCACAAACUGUGACAGUUCUUGUUUUACUCGGCUUUAACACUUACCGUCAGACAGAGUUAGAAACACAUAUUCUGACAGUUAUUCCAUGAAAUAUUACAAAACAGUUUGAGAGCUCAAAAACUCAAACUAAAACACUCGGACACACCUGUUCUUUCAGUGUUUGUUUCUUAAAGGGACUUUUGUGAUACCAGACAACGCUCAACCAAAAACCCCACAAGUCUGCUGCUUUCUCUCCAGACCGGAUGUUUCGUGGUUACCUAUUGAAAGUAGCGGUGAAACCCGACUCUCCGAUUUUGACAUUUCAUUUCAGCAUUUGCAUUCCAGAAGAUGAUUCUGUAUUGGUUCUUCUUAAAUCGCUUCAAACUGUAAACAUGGUUUUACAAGGACUGCGUCACAUUUAUGGGAUUGUCUGGAUUUUGAAGUAAAUGAAUUAAACAUGUGACCUCCCAUUAGUAUUUGGAUUGACAAUACACCCGUUUAACGUAUGUUUUACAAAUGUAAUUGAAAAGCUCAAAGUGAUGCUCAGCUUUCAGUGCCGAGAACAAAAACCAGAGCAGACUUCAUUUAUAAUGAGAACGGGAACAAUACGAGUAUGUUAUUAUCAUAAAAGCCAAACUGGGAAAGCUUCCAUCUUACCACUGUACCAUCCUCUGGGAACUGGGAACCAGUUACCAACCUCCAACCUAGAGCUCUUCGCUGAGCCCUGAGCUCUGAGCUUUUCUAAAGAACUCCUCAGACACAGAAUAACCUUCAGAAAGAGCUCAGAUGGACUCAGGGUGUCUUUGGACGGAUGUGUCGGGGCUGCUGACUCUCCUGUUUCUGAUAUUUGACCAGGUCUCAUUGCAAAAGUGUUUUUCAGUCUUAAAGAAGCUUCCUGGUUGAAUGACGGUUGAAGUAAAGAACCGGCGUGUGUCUCUGGCAGGUUUCCCCCUCCAUUAUUGAGAUUAAUGACUCACUGACUGAAUGUGAGGAAGAAGUGAGGCCCAGUUUGCUGCACAUGGAGGAGAAAGCUUUUGUCACAAGUCUCCACACUUUCAUGAAGGACAGAGCCACACCGAUAGAGAGGAUCCCUCAUCUGGGCUUUAAGCAGAGUGAGUGAUUAUGACUUAGCCUUGAUAGUUACAUCAACUUUAAACACCUAUUCUUUGGAUGAAAUAUUUUGUUUUUUACUGUCAGUUAACCUUUGGAGGAUCUUUAAAGCUGUGGAGAAACUCGGGGGAUAUGAUUCGGUAAGUUUAAGAGUUUCAUUGGCGUUCAUAUCUGCUGUCUCUGAUAUUUACAGUGAGAGAAAGCUGAGAGACUUCAUCUGUGUUUGAGAUGCUCCUGUGAUGUAUAAGAAACAUGACCCUCCAUUUGACUCAAAGUUAUCGUUAAAAACAUUAUUUUAUUUAAGGUACAAAUAUGUGCGCAGCAGCAGCAGCAGCAGCAGCCCCUCUCCUCUUCUGUCCCUCACUCUGACGUGAAUGAAGGUUUAUCUUAUUUCUGAUCUUCUUUAUCUACUAAUUUCCAACAGCGACCCACAAAAGACUCACACUAAGUCAAAAAUAUAUAUAUUCAUGAAAUUACACACUAUUUAAAACAUAUAAACAAGUAUCCUGCCCCACUCCUACCGCGUCUGUCUGGGUGAAUGCUGCUCUAUUCUCCACCCUGAACCUUUGUGGGGAAACCAGACAACAGGAAACAACAACAUAAUAUAUAAACUAUAUAUAUAUAACUCUAUAUAUAAUAUUUAGUUAAAAUAUAAACUAUAUAUAUAACUAUAUAUAUAAUAUUUAAUUAAAAUAUAAACUAUAUAUAUAACUAUAUAUAUAAUAUUUAAUUAAAAUAUAAACUAUAUAUAUAACUAUAUAUAUAAUAUUUAAUUAAAAUAUAAACUAUAUAUAUAACUACAUAUAUAAUAUCUAGUUAAAAUAUAAACUAUAUAUAUAACUCUAUAUAUAAUAUUUAGUUAAAAUAUAAACUAUAUAUAUAACUCUAUAUAUAAUAUUUAGUUAAAAUAUUGCAGAUUAAACGAGAUGACGAUUUUAAAAGGUAUUGCUUUCAUGAACUAUUCUUACACGAAGAGCUUCGUCCUUUUUCCUGGAAUUAUCUAAAAAUCUCUGAAUAUGUAAGAGGGGAUUAUUAACAGAACAGUACGCCCCCUGGUGGAAAUAACAAUUUUUGCAGGUCUUUGAGGUUUAAGGGUGAUUUCCAUGUUUUGCUUGUAUCAGACUUUUGUUUGGUUUAUCAUAACUUUUUUAAAGAAACUGACCCAGGGAUGAAAUCAGGUUUUUAUCGAGGACAGUGUCUUUAGAAGAGAAAACUGCAGCUGCUGAAGUGAGUGGUUAGAAUGAGAACUUCCACAGUCUAUUUCCCGUUUACUGAACCUUAAAAAAUUUAAAUGAAAACAUCAGAAUAUUUACCUCAAACCAAAGUCACACAGACCACAGCAGAGAGAUGAAACAAGUUUAUUUUCCUGCAGCUACCACUGAUUCUUUUCCUCUUUAAUUUUUUCUCUUCACGUCGUUCAAACUUCAGGGGGGAGACUUUGGAGCACGUCUCCAGAUCAGGCAUCAAAUUCGAAGUUUUACUGUGUACAGUCUGCCCAGACAGUUGGAUAGAAAAUGAAAUAUUUCCAAUAAUGUUCAUAAGUGUGAUUGGAAUGCUUGCUGGUAUGUUAGGUGUCUACAUCUCUUGUAUACAUUAGGUAAGAGGCAAACAUUUAAGGUUGUGCUUGAAAAACAUAACAAACAUGGCUGCCACAUGCUGUCAAAGGUUAGAGAGUGAAAAGAGAUUCUGUAUUGAACUCUUUCCAUUUGUACUUUUUUGGUUAUUUCUGAUAAGCAGGUUUUUAAAGAAGACACAAUAUCUCUGAAGCAAACGACUAAAAUGUUCCUCUUUGCAACAAACACGCCGCAUUUUACAAUCAUGCAUUGUCAGGCAGAUAAAGCUAUGUAAUUUCAGGUGUUACCAAUAACAGCUGUGCGUGGAUCUGCUGUGACUGAGUACACCAGAAUUUAUUGUGUUUGGGACAAAACCAAAAUAGGUGGGCUAACAUGCGCUCUGCUGACCUGCACUUUGGACAGGUUUCCACUUCCUCGCUUGAAGUGUAAAACUUACAGUCACCCACAAUCCCCUGCUGUGUGCUUCAUGUGACAGACAAGUUCAGAAAAUUUUGGGACUCAUUUUUCUGGAAUUAGCAUGCAGACUUUAUUGACGGGAAAAGUACCCUUCAGUGUUUGUGACACACCAGGUCUUCAAUUCACUCCAACAUUUUCAAAGCCGCUCACAGACUCUGGGUCACGUCAUACAGGAGUUUUAUUACAAGUAGUUAAAGUUCAGUGUUUCUAACUCAGUGUUCAGGAAAGUUUAUUCUUACUUAUCUUUAUCUUUAGUAAGUAGUCCUUCUCUGACUCUAAUCCCAGCUACUGUGUUUCCAACAGGUGACAUCGAGGCGCCUUUGGAAGAAAGUGUACGAUGAGCUUGGAGGAAGUCCAGGUAGUACUAGUGCUGCUACCUGUACACGCAGACAUUAUGAAAAGUGAGGAUUAUUCUGUUUUUAAUGCAUCUUCUAUUUUAAAAACUUGAUAAACAGACUUAUGAUCAAAUAUGUAUUUCUCCAGGCUAGUGCUUCCCUUUGAAAGACACAUAAAAGGUGAGGAGGAUAAACCUUUGCCUCUGAGCAAACCACGGAAACCGUACAAAAGAAGUUCAGACAGUAAGCUCGCAAAAACUGAGAAGAGGAGGAAAAGGUCUCAGCUGGAAAUUGACGUGGAUUCUGAGGUAUCAUACUGCCUAUACUGUCAAUUUAUAAUAUCUUACAAAAAACAAGCAGUGAGUUUGGUAUGCAUGUUAAGUUAAUGUGAUUUUUUUUUUUAGAUGAACACCCCACAAAGUCCAGAAAUUUCCUGUCAAAGUGAGGUAGUCAUUCAUUCUCGCUGCACACUCUGGAACUCCAGUCAACACCUUCCAGACGGCUCUCAGCCAAAAAGAGCCCACAACACUACCAUCUACACUCACCUUGCCCCAGUCCCCACAUGCAGUCCCUGGUCACAGCAGGGAGCUAACGUCCCAUCUGUUGUCGGAGAAGUUAUUUCCCCUCUGGAGAAAAAAAAGCGGAUGGCUCAGGCGAGUCUCAACAUCUCUCUAAGUUCCCUGAGCGAGGACAAAGAAAGGCCGUCUGUCAUUCACUGCUCUCAGUCUCCAUCUCGGGCUUCUUCCAACCACAACUGUACCUCCUCCUCCGAUAGCUCCCCUCUCCCUCUAUCCUCCUCCUCUUCCCGCAGCCCUUCCCCUUACUCGGUGUCAUCAGAGGAUGGUCCUGAAGGGGGUGACAGUAAACCUGCAACUGAACUGCUCCAAAACAGUCCCAGCUCAGUAAAAAGUACAUCCAGCAGCAGCAGUGAGGACAGAAAGUCUGCGAGCUGCACCCAGGUAUCCAAGGAUCCUGUAGAACAGAGAAAAGACAGUCCUCGAGUCUGUGCACAGUCAACAGACUUGAUCCAAGUCCAGGGUCAAGAGUCAGCAUGGAGACCGGUCCGGAAAGAAAGCAGAAAAUAUCUCAGCCGUCCAUUUCAACCACAGUCCCCCUACAGUGUGAUCUCUGACUGGCCAACAUCUGCGUCUAGUUUUACCAAAGUGAUUCCAAGUUCUGUGCAGCUCCUUCGGCCGGCUCCUGUCCGGCCAGCUUGUAAAUUUCCCCGGUCGAUGCAGCAGGGUGACUCUCUGACGUCUGCCAAAAAGCAGAGCCACACGGGUCCUUGGAUAUAUCACACAGACAAAAGGGAAAAACCCAGAACAAUGCAACAAAAAGUUUCCUUAACCCAGCACAGUGCAUCCCAUUCUGCCUCCAGUGUAACCGGUUCGAGUGCUCUGUCAAGCUAUGAGAGAUCAGGUGGAGACUCUCGACACCAGCCUCUGUUUAAUCCUACGUACCUCUGCAACAGGAUGAGACUACCUCCUUCUCAGCUCAUGUACCGUCAUGGCUCACCUCAAUCUGCCAUCAUUGGGUCCACUUCUUACCCUUAUCCCUACUCCAUUCCUCUGUGGAGCCCCCAGUUAGGAUAUACGCUGCCUGCCUUGACUCCCAUCUAUCCUUACAAAAUGUAAUUUUAAAAAUCUAACAACUGACCUCAAAAAACAACCUAAGAUGAAUGAUUUGUAUUUCUGUUCUGAGUCAGGAAGCCAUGGAGUUUAGAGGGUCAACUCUUCACUUGACCCUCUACAAUAAAACAAGUAAUUCUAGAUGAAAAUAAGGUCACAACAGCAAUGCAUGGUGAUGAAUUUCAUCGCAGUUUAGCAGAUUUCAUCAACCAUGUGCAUUUUAAUUUUGUUAGAAUCAAAAACAAUUCUUGUGUUUUGCAGUUGUAUUUUAUUGCAUAUUAUGAGUUAUCGAGAAAAAAAACUUUAGGACAAAGGCAUAUGCGGAUAUAAGUGUAGAAGGCAUUUAAAUAAUGCUGUGAUAUACUAAAGACCAGUUUUUCUGCAGAUUGAGUUCUUGGGACUUUGUACUCACUUGCACAAUGUAGGUACCUUGUAUUUAAAGUAAGGAACCUUAUUACUGUACUGUUAAGUAUGUUAGAGGUAUGUAGGGUUUGAUUUGAAAUGAAUAUUGAACUAUUUUCAGAUAUUGCUAAAAUAUUCUAAUGUACCGGUAUUUAAACAGAAAUGUCAUCAAAAAGUGCACUGUUAUUUUGAACUGUAAUAAAGAUGAACAUUUAUGUCUAAGUCACUCUGUCAGAAUUACAGUCACAGAUCUGUCUGCGAAAAAGAGUCAGUGAUGAAUAAAGUGAAAGGAAAAGGAA